UGACUUGGAGGUACAAAAAAGGCUUUCUGAAAAAGCGCCACACUAUUUUACACUGUUGUUGAACAGUUGACUCAUUGGAUAUGGUUAUUACGGAGCAAUAUACACCAGCAACAUACUAUAUUCCAUGUCAUGACAUAGUCAACACUUUGGAGUUUUGUCCAUAUAAUUGGUGCUCAUGCUUACUUGCAGUUGGAACCAAUUCACGAGUUGUCCUCUAUCGAUGUAGGUUUACCACUGAGGAGUGUGAAGAAGAUGAGUCAGUGCAUGAGGAUUUUGAGUUUAAGCUUCUAAAGGACAUCCAAAAUGGUUGCCCAGUUCGGUCACUUUCCUGGUCACCUAUGUCAUCAUAUAAGUCAUAUGAACAGCCAGAUUCAGUAAGGAUUGCUGCAGCUGGAAGUGAUAGGAGAAUCAAAGUAUUAACAACAGAUCUCCUUCAAGAAGUAGAUGCUAUGGUCUUGGAGGGACAUUCAGACUUCAUAAAUUCUCUUGCCUAUAAUCCUGGAAAUGGAGACAUGUUGGUUUCUACAGGAGAUGACUACACAUGCAGACUAUGGGGCAAUGAUGGCAGUCAGCAGGCAUGUUUCCAGCUUAGUGCACCAGGAAUGUCAGUUUAUAUACAUGAGAAAGAGCCAGGAAAGGUGGUGGUAGCCCAAAAAAAUGGCCUCAUCAAGAUUUUUAGCCUUGAUCUCCAGCACCAAAUCAGCUCCUGUGACUGUGGCAUUUCUCCAUUGAUGGCAAUUGACUUGUGUAAUUCGGAUGAAGAUAUAAUUGGAGCAGUAGCAGGGACUGAAUGGAUGGUCUUUCAGCUAUCUAGGUCUAGUCAGCCUUUGGAAAAGAGACAGGCCCACACAGACGGAGUGCAAGACAUAAAAUGGUGUAAAAGUAAUCCAAACUUGCUGGCCACCUCUGGUCGCCCUGGAAGACAAAUUAAAGUCUUUAGCACUAGACAUCACCAGAUGCCAUUGAAUACAUCAAUAAAGGUGUCAUAUGGAGUCAGCUGGCAUGCUCAGUUACCUGUAUUAGCAGUAGGAGGGGACUCAAAAGUGCAUCUGUUCUAUAUAGAGCCAGCUAAACCUCAUUCUUGAUACAAAAGUAACAUAACUUGAUUGAAGGACAUUUCAGCUUUACAUAUGAAGAAAAAUGAAGCUGUUGGCAUUGUGUAAAAAAAACAGAAAUAGGAAAUACUGCAUUAAAUUGAUUGAAAAUGAA